AUGAAUAUAAACAAUGUCUCUGAGACUGCUAUCGACAAGGCUGGAAAUUUGGAGACUCCUAGGAAUGAGGAGCAUAAUGACAGUGGAAGCCUAAAAGAAAAAGGGGAGUCCCGUGUACAAUCAAACGAAGAGAUGGUAGAUAAUGUUGCGCAUAUCUCUAUUGAGGAGAAGGCAGAGUUCCCUGAUGUGGAAUGGAAAUACGUUAGGCGAAAGAACAAGGGAAGUAGCAAAGAAAAUGGAAAGAAAGUAGAUGAGCUCAAAAAUAAGAAUUCUUUUGAAUCUCUUAUUGAGGUUAAUGAAGACCUUCCCUCUGUAGAGACUUUUGUGUCUCAAAGCAACAACAAUGAUCAACACAAUGAAGACGCCAUGUAUGUGGAUGAUUGUGUAGAGCCAAAUGAGGAGUCAGAAUAUGAAACCGAUAAUGAAGAGACAUGUGUGGAGAAGUUUAAACCCAUUGAGAAGGUCUCGUGCAGAAAAUCUUGGACUAAAGAGCAACACGUGGAUAAACUUCUGCGAUGCAGUACCUUAUUAGGUGUUCCUCAUGGAGGAAAGGAAAACAUCUAUGAAGGAAUUGUCGACAAUUACAAGUCCUCAAGAACUGAUAAGGAACGAGCAAGACUAUCAUGGAAUGGGGAGAUUAGUAACGAGUUGUUAGGCCGCGGCAAGAGAACCUGUGCAAAGAAAAAGUUCUAA